AUAAAUCAAGUGCAUUGCUACUAAUGCUUUAUUACUUUUAGGAGGAAAUAACUCCAAAGUAUAAUUUAUCAUUAAAUUUUAGCUAAGGAAGAGGCUACAAAUUAUUUAUAGAAGUGGAACUUGAUUCAGUUGCUGCAGAUGUUAAAAAUUAAGUUAAUAUAUUAAAAGAAGAAAAUUUGAAUGAUGUUAUUUAAGAAGGUAAAAAGUAAUUGAAAAGUUUAUAAGUGGAGAAGGAGCAUGUAUUACUUAUUAAUUAAUAAAAUUUAAAGAUCAGCUCCACUUUAAUAAGCAACAACUGUUAUCUAAACAGCUCCUGCACCAAAAGUUGAACCAUCUAAGUAGAUUGAAGAACCUAAAGAAGAUGCUGAUAUAUGA